GCAUACGCAACAGUCAAACCGACCGAAUAUCCAUCCGCCACGACUCUACAACAACACAUAGCCCACCGAACACAAGUGGUUUGGUGUGUGCGCGCGUCUUAAAUUCAUCUCUAUAUACAUUCAUUGGCAUUGUCGUUGAUGUCUUAUAGAUAUUCCAUAACGACACCAAUAAAUAGUCAAACAAAUAAAUCGUUGAUUUUCAAUUGUUUUGCUGUGUGUUGUGUGAUUUUGUUUGAAAUGUCGUCGUCGUCGUCGUUUUCGGUUUGUGAUUUCACUUCGAUUCCAACACACUCUGAAUUUUUGUUAAAGUAUCAAUCGUGAUUAGAGUUGAUCGAGUUCGUAAGCCCUAAAACGGCGAUUAACAACCAAGUGCCUGUUCUUCGACACAGUGAAGAAGAAAAAAAAACUCGCUUUUUGAACUAAAUCAACGACCAAAAGUGUAGCACGAACGCAAAAACCUGUUUAUUCCAACGAAAUUUUCGACGAUCAUUAUUUUCUCUCCGUCAGAGUAUUAUUUUGAAGACGAAAAUAUUGUUUAAGCCUCAAACAAACUUCGAGGAAAACAAAUCAACUUCUUCGAAUAAAUUUGACUAACAACGAAACAAAGUGAAUCGAGCAGCAGCAAAGAAAAAAAAAACGGUUAAAAUCGGUUCGAAUUUGUGCAAACAAUGCUAAUUCCAGUGGAUAGUUAAACAGCAACAACACUACAAAUAUUGUGCAUGAAAACAUCAACGCCCGCAGGUGGUUUCUUUUUUUUCGUUCUGCCGUUGGUGUCUUGAAAAGAAAAGGAAUUAUAAAUUGGAUCUAAUAGCGCGCGUAUGUGUAUGCGGCUGUUUUGUUCUUUUCUUCAGUUAAAAAAUUCCGGAAAAAAAUAACAACAACAAGUGUAUUAUUAUGACCCGGGUGUGAUUGUGUUUGUUAAUGUGGUUGCUAAAAAAAGAAUCUCAGCGCGAGAAAUAGAAAACACAACACGACGAAGGUAGAAAAAUCCAAAGUGAUUCUCUCAACUUGGGUAAAACGAUGAAUACCACUGUUAAAUCGCAACAAAACGAUAGACGCUUCGUGUUUGUAAUAAAAUUUUCUGUUGUUUGAAGUGAAGAAGCCUGAGAUAGACGCUCUUGACACGCUCACAAUUAUUUAUUACGAAGGCAAUUACCCCUUAGUGCUACGAAUUAACAGAGAGAGAGAGAGAGAGAGAGAGAGAGAGAGAGAGAGCGCGAAAAAGAGUAGAUAGAAGCAAAUCAAAUUGCUGUUCUACGUGAAGUCAAAGUUAAUUGACAGUUUUAUCUGUGCGGAAUCGGCCCAUUGGAAUGCACCGCCGACAGUGAGAGCAGCAACAGCAGCAAAACCAGUCGCACAUUGCAACAAGUACACAGCAGCCGGAUGUUAGCAACACUUUUCCAGGAUUGGAUUUAAUCGUUUACGCAUCUUUUGUUGUGUGCGAUUUCUUUUUUAUUCCCUUCCAAAAAGGUGACUAGGCGAGUGCGAGCCGUCGCAUUCAAACAUUUGAGCGCCAUGAAAGUGCGCACAGUUAGACAGAUCAAACAACAACAACGCCACCAACGACAACAAGCUGGUGGCGAAACGUCAACCGCAUCACCUGUUGGUGUUGGUGAUAGCCCAGUGCAGAGUCAAUCGUCCUAUUUAACGGUUGCAUUAGCCAAAUUAUCGUUAAAAUCGUCAACGCUGAAGACUGAAACGUGUCCACCGUACAAAAUGCCGCCAGUACCGUUAAAUGAGAGCAGCAGCAAUGCGUACAGCGAUGCACAAAUACCCGGCAUGACACUCAUCAAUGAUACACAGCCGAAUGUUUCGUCGGUUUCCCUGCGAACACAUUCAUCAAAAUUUCCGAUUGAACGCGAGCUGAUACUGUCGAGUGACAAGGCAUCAUCGAAAAUUCCAUUAAUGCAUGAAUCGCGAACACCAUCUGGUGUACGUCGUACCGUUGGCAUACCGCUGCUAUCACGUCAACCCGCUUCCAUUGCACCCGAUCAUCCACCAAAGCAAGCGCAUGCAUGGCAAAAUUCGCAACACUCGAAUUCGCAAGAGUUAUUGCAGCAAGCGAAUCAUCAGUCGAUCCACCAACAGACGCAAUCAUCGUUGACGGGCGCAAUUUCACGGACACCGGCCCGUUUGCCGGAAGAUGUGACCGCAUUGGCCGAUCGUGACAAUGUCGGCCGAGAUCGAGACGGGAAUAAAAAUGCCGUCACCAAAACCUAUCACACAUUGAAAGAUUUAAUUUCGUCGAAAUUCAAAAAGGACAAUAACGAUGUGGCCGAUGAAUUAAACAAUGUGGUUGUGCACCAGCAGCAGCAACAACAACAACAUCAACAGCAGCAGCAGCAGCAAACUGUGGGCAAAUCACCAAACGAUGACUUUCGCAUGCCCCACACACCACUUCCAUCGCAUAUACGUCAAAUGCAAAAUUUGAAUCAAUCCCAACCAAAUAUCGCACAGAAAUCGAAUGGUUUGAACGGCAGCAAUGGGGGUGGUAUUGGUGGCGGUAUUGCACAUGCAACAAAUGGCGAUGCACUACGAAAGAGCCAACAACAAGAACGGGCCGUAUCACAGCCACAGCUUAAUAUGCCAACAUUUGAACGACGCAAUUCAACCGAUAUCGUCACCGAUAGCGACGACGGUGGCUUCAAAAAGUUGGAACAAUCUACACGAAUCGUUCAACGACGACCACAAACAAUGUAUCAUCUCUCAACACCACCAACUCAACCUCCGCCACACCCGCCAACACAACAUUACCAGUCAUUUUCAUCGCUGUUCCAACAUCAAUAUUUGAAUAAUCAACCAAAUCAAUAUCAACAUUCACACACGCAUCAGCAUCAGCAAUCAAAUCAAAAUGGCACGAAUGCAUUUGUUGGCCGAUUCUCGAGCCAAACGGAAAUGUCAACGUCCUCGAUAUUGCAAACGCGUCAAGAUGUACAACGUGCAUCGUUCCAAAAACGUUUACAAGAAUCCGAGGUGGUGGUACAGCAUGAGAAUACAUCGCAACAGUCACAACAGCAACAACAACAGCAGCAGCAGCAGCAGCAGCAGCAACCGUCCCAUCAACCAAAGCUACAGCCGAUGCAACGAAUGGAACCACGUCAAACACAUGAUCCAAAUAAGAAUGUGUCUGGGUCAGCGAAUAGUUCGGACUAUGACAAAAGCGGCAAUCAAAGUUCAAAUGUUGAUUCGGGCCGAGGUAGUGCCGCCUAUUCCAGUGGACGCAAACCUACACAGCUGGAUACCGAAAGUUCUGAUUCACCGUUGCGUGACGAUACAAAAAACGAUGAUUCCGAAUGGGUUGACAUUGUCGAUGCUGAAUUACGACACAUUUUAGAUCCAAGCAUGCAGGCACUGUCACUUCGGCCCGAAAGCACCGUGUCGGGCAGUGUAUCAUCAAUGUCACCUCCAUUACCACCAUUGUCACCUGAUAAUAGUUCGUACAAAAUUCCCAGCAAUGCUAAGGAGAAUCCGAAACAGGAAUACGGCACCGAUAGCUACAAUCGACCUGGACGCGGUGCAUCCGCUAUUGGCCCAUCCAGAGCCGGAUGGCCCGGUUCGGCGAUUCAUAAACAAGGCGGCUCACAUGGAAAACCAUCGCAAAAGUUCUCAGGGAAAAAGCAUGAACAAGCUGUCUUAAAACGACACUUGUUUGGUUUGGACAAUGAUCUAACGUCAAAUACAACACGUUCGCUUGAUUUGGAAUCGUUGCUGGGUGGUGCCUGGGGAACAGCGCAAUCAGUUAGUGACUCCGAAACCGAUACACAAGGAAUUCGCCACAUUCGAUCACAGCUCGAAGGAUUGGAGCAUAUGUAUGGCGAAGUACUAAAAAUGCUUGGCACCAGAAAUAAUUUCCCGGGCCGUUUACAAGAAUCGUUGCGAACGCGAGGUAUUGGCAUUCGACGUCGUCAUGGCAGCCUGUCAUCACUUCCAUCCAGCUCAAUCAGCGGCCGACCCAUUCGAGAUCGUCGACGUAUUGAUGAACGACGCAAAAUUAAAGAUGUUAAGGGAAUAAAUAAGCGAUUCCAAAGACUUGAAUCACAUGUGGUGACAUUGGCUCGUAGUGUGGCGCAUUUGUCAUCCGAAAUGCGGUCGCAGCACUUGGUGACGCAAGAAUUGGAAAAACUUCGUGAUGAAUUCACUACAUUGAGUCGAGCUCAAGCAGCUCGUACGCAGAAUAUGCAUCGUAGUACGACGUCGGCUACUGCGGCUGUCAACAAUACCAUCGAACCGGAGCCGCCAAAUCUCACAAAUCCAAAGCGAGUGAAAAAAUUGCAAAAAUUCUUUGGCGAAGAUCCACCGCUAAUGAGACUGUUUCUGCGAAGUUUAGGCUAUGAGAAAUAUGCGAAUCUAUUUGAAGCGGAGCGAGUGGGAAUGAUUGAAUUGCCGUACUUGGGUGAAGAGCGUUUACAAAAGAUGGGCAUACCGCUAGGCCCUCGUUUGCGCAUUUUGCAGGAAGCACAAAUUUCAUUAUGCAAAGAUACAACGUUAUGUAUUGUUUGACUUAAUCAAUUUUUAGUAUACAUAGUCGACUAUGCAAAGACUAAAUGCAUUUGUAAAUUGUUCAUAUUUGUUAUACGUUUAAGCGAUUCGAUGCUAGAAAGUGAGAGUGAGAAAGAAAUAGAGCGAGAGAGAGAGAGAGAGAGAGAUAGAGAUACAUUGACGUUAUUUCAAUUUCCAUUUUUUUUCUUCUACAUAAAUGUACGUACGCAAUUUGAAAUUCACUUAAGCUAAAUAGGAGCGAGUAUUCAAGAGAGAAGAUGCAAAAUAAGACACAUUAUUUAAAGAGAAGCAAAAAAAAAAUGAUCGAGUUCAGUGGAGUUUUUGCAGUAAUAUAAUUUGUAUGCAUUAUAAUUCAGUGGCUGUGUAUGGGCGCGCGUAUUGCAUCAUCAUUAUUGAGAUGCAAACGUCCGGCAAAGUGAUGCAACGGCAAUAUACUGCUGAUACGUAUCUGAAGCAGCAAUGAUAUCAGUAUCAGAAGCAGCAGUAACAGCGGAAUAGAAACACUUAAAGCAACAGAAAGAUUAUAAAAAUCGAAAGCCCACAGCAUCAGCGCGUAUUUCAACUUACCGAGCGUCAAGUUCGAAAAAACGCCACUAUCACCACCGCCGCCAACGUCGACACUUUUUAAUGCAAUUCAUUUUCUUCUCUCCUAACUCAUAGUUUUCAGACACAGAAAAUAAUUUUGCAAAUUUUUCACGAAAUGAUGCACCCGAUUGGUACGUGAAACCACGGCUGACAUCAUUUCUUCUUCAUCAUCAUAUUCGUUUUUUUUUUUAUUUGUUAGAUCUUACUAAAAAGCACUUAUAUAAAAUAGUCUAGGAGAAAAAUCAAGCGCCGCAAGCGAAUAAACAAACACAAAAUUUAACAAUUUUAGAGUAUAUUUUAGGCUAAUAGAAAAAAAAUAUAUGGUUUCAAAAAAAAAGAAAACACGUAUAUAUUUUAUAUUUAUUUCGGUGCUCUCUCGAAAUGUACAAUAGUUCAUAAAAUGUGGAGCAUGUUUUUUUUUUGGUUUGUUUUUAUAGGAUCUUGUCUCACUUUUGUAUUGUCACUAAAAAAAUAAAUUAUAUAAACAUUUGAACCCAACGACAUCAUCAGCAACAACAAA